AUGAACGAAUAUCAUGACAUUUAUGGAGAUACUUAUCAGUUAAGUCUAGGACACGUCAAAACAAUCAUUUCAAGAGAUGCAAAAGUUGCAGAAGCAGUUUUGAACAACGAAAAAUUCGAAAAAUCUAUUUUAAUGAAAAAAAUGUUAAAACCGUGGUUCGGAGAUAGCAUACUCACAUCUGAGGGUGACAAAUGGCACAAAAUGCGAGCUUUGACAAAUUUUGGAUUUCACUUUAAAGUACUUGAGAGUUUUAUUUCUAUCUACGAGAAACAUACGGAAAUUUUCAUUGAAAUAAUUGAAAAGGAAAUGGAAACUUCUGAUGGACUGAAUUUUAUGCCGAAAAUUUAUGCUCUGACGCUGGAUAUAAUUACGGAAACGUUAACAGCUACAACAUCAAAUGCUCAGUUGAACUCAAAUCAUCUGGUAAUUGAUGCAAAUGAAAUACUCGGAGAAAUUUAUGAAAAAAGAUUAUUACAUGGAUAUCUGGCUGUAAAUUGGAUUUUUAGAUUUACCAAGUACCAUAAAAUUUGGUCAGAAAAUGUUACUAUUGUAAAUAAUUGGAUUGACAAAAUCAUUAUGGAAAGACGUGAAAAGCUAUUAAAAGACACUAAAACCCGAGUUUACACAGAAGAAUCAAAAACUAAAAAACCCUCUGUUCUGAUUGAUAUUCUGUUGCAAGGAAACAUCUAUGGAAGAUCUCUCACGAAUUCAGAAAUCUCGAACGAAGUGAAAUUUUUUAUAUCUGCCGGAUACUUUACUACAGCCACUGCCUUGAGUUUUACCGUAUAUUUGCUCGCAAAGCAUCCAGAAGAGCAAGAAAAAGUUUUUAAAGAGAUAAAAACAAAAAUCCAAAGUGGUCCUUUGACAUUAAGAGACCUAAACUCCUUAUCUUACCUAGAUAAUGUCUUGAAAGAAUCUUUUAGAUUAUUUCCUCCGGUAUUCUCGAUCGUCAAAGAGCCGGUUGAGGAUUUGCCUGUCAGAGAUUUCAUGGUUCCCAAAAAUACAGCAAUUAUUUUGAACACAUAUGGGAUUCAACACAAUGAGAAAAAUUUUGAAGACCCAGAAGUCUUCAAUCCGGAUCGAUUUAACAAGGAGUAUUUUGGUCAAAAUGUUUUUCUACCAUUUUCUGCUGGCUUGAAAAAUUGCAUCGGACAGAAAUAUGCCAUGUUCGAGAUGAAAACGAUUCUGGUAAAGUUAGUGUCGAAAUUUCAGUGGAGGUUGGCAGAUAAAAAUUUUAAAGAAGAUUUGAUGCAUAAUUUUUUUGUUCUCAAGUUUAGAAAUGGUCUUCCACUGAAGUUCCAAAAAAGACCCAGUAGCCAAUAG